AUGACCGAAGAGCCUUUGCGCGAGGUUCGGGAGUUCCUCGCCGAGUUUCCCGAUACCCAGGCGGUCGAUGUCAUCUUCGCGGACCUCGCCGGGGUCGUCCGGGGGAAGCGCUAUCCGGUCGCCGAUCUCUCCCGUAUCUUCGGCGACGGGCUGGCCUUCCCGGCCUCCAGCUUCCUGCUCGAUACCGCCGGCGCCAACACCGACGCCGGCGGCCGCGGCUUCUCGGACGGCGAUCCCGACUGCCUUGCCGUGCCGAUCCCCGACACCCUGGACCGGGUGCCCUGGUCGGCCCAGCCCCUGGCCCAGGUGCUGCUGACCUGCCGCCAGCGGGACGGCCAGCCGCUGUUUUUCGAGCCACGCAACGUCCUGGCCCGCGUGGCGCAGGGACUGAAGUCCGAACUGGGUCUGACGGCCUGCGUCGCCUUCGAGCUGGAGUUCUACCUGAUCGACCGGGCGCGCGGUGCGGAGGGUGCGCCGCAGCCCCCCUUCUCCCCCGCCACCGGCGAGCGCGACCGGGCCACACAGGUCUACGGUAUGGACCAGGUCGAUGCCUUCGGCACCGUGCUGACGGACAUCGUCGAGAGCUGCCGCGCCCAGGGCGUCCCGACCGGUGCCAUCUCGGCCGAAUACGCACCCGGCCAGUUCGAGAUCAACCUGCGGCAUGUCGAGGACCCGCUGGCGGCUGCGGACGACUGCGUUCUCUUUAAGCGCGCGGUCAAGGGCGUGGCCCGAAAGUACGACAUGCAGGCGACCUUCAUGGCCAAACCCUAUCCGGGCGAAGCCGGCAACGGGAUGCACCUGCACAUCAGCCUGUUCGACGGCCAGGGACGCAACGUGCUCGACGACGGCCAGGGCGGGAUCAGCGACAGCUUCCGACACGCGCUCGGCGGUCUGCUCGCGACCCUGCCGGAGGCGAUGGCCUUCCUCGCGCCGAACAUCAACUCCUACCGCCGCUAUCAGCCGGACAUCUUCGUGCCGAUCCGCCGCUCCUGGGCCGAGGAGAACCGCUCGGUCGCCCUGCGCGUGCCCCUGGGCAGCGGCAGCGCCAAACGGGUCGAGCACCGCAUGCCCGGCGCCGACGCCAAUCCCUAUCUGACCCUGGCGGCCUUGCUGGCCGGGAUGCAUCACGGCAUCGCCCACCAGCUCGACCCCGGACCGCCGGCCAGCGGCAACGCCGCCACCGCCUUCGACCCCGGCCUGCCGAUGCGCCCGCGCCGAGCACUGCAAAGAUUGCGCCGGGGCAAGCUGCUGCGCGACUACCUGGGCAAGGACUACGUCGACCUCUACGUGCAGGCGAAGGAGGCCGAGUACGAGAGUUUCGAAGCAGCCAUCACGCCGCAGGAAUACCAGUGGUACCUGCUAGCCGACUAA